AUGCUGAUCAAUGCAAGGGCCGGCGUGAACGAAUGGCACCCCUGGAAACACCGAGAGCACUGCGCCUGCACUACGGCGAUCCAUGAGGCCGCUGAGGCAGGGGACUUGGAGAUCUUGCAGCUAUUGCUCGAAGCCCAAGGCGAUCCAGUUCUUGCAAGCCAUCGGCGGCUCAAGGACACGCCGCUCAUGAUCGCAUGUGACCAGGGCCUUUCGGAGGUUGUACGCAUGCUCCUGAAAUAUCGGGCCGAUGCCAAUAUGCCAUGGCACGACCACGGCUCCCGGACAUCUGCUCUUUGCGUGGCGUCAGAGAAAGGACAUGUGGAGACGGCGCGAGUACUCCUAGAGAGCCGGGCUGAUGUGAAUGAGGGGUUCUACACCGGCCCGACCUUGAGGAAGACGCCCUUGUGCCGGGCAUGUGAAGAAGGCCAUAUCGAAGUUGUCACCCUACUUCUUGCAUCCAAUGCUGAUGUAGAGAUGUGUUUGCCUCUUAAGGCAGCAAUUCGACACAAGCACCUUACCAUCGUGCAGUUGUUGGAGGAACGAGGUGCGCCGAGAUCCGCACCCAAGUAUAAUUAUAGCAAUCACAGCCGGCGCCGGGACCGCAGAGCCCGGUGA